GCUUUUAGCCUUGCAGGUCAUCAGGGAAGACGGACAAACAGGAAAACAGGGCCAACUGGGCUCAGAGCCUGGCCCUAGGAGGCAUGCGGGCCACUGCCUUGGGCUGGGCUGUGCAGGCCUUGGCUGAGCAAGGCCGGGCUCUGUGGCAAGAGCAGGAGAGGAUUGGAAAGAGGGCUCCUGGGACAGGACACAGAAAGGAUGGACUGGAGGGGGCAGGGGUCCUGGACGCCGAGGAGAACAAGGAGGGAGAGCCUAGCCCUGAGGCCCCAGGAGGGGAAGCCCCUCUCUCAGACCCUCCACACAGUGUGCGGGGACAUGAGCGGGUCAAGUGGGCCUUGGUAGGCAUAUGGCUCUUGUGUGUGUCUGUGUGUGAGAGAGACAGAGACACAGACAGAGACAGAGAGACAGAGAUCUGAAGCCGCCCCCUCCUCCUAAGACAGGGCCCAAGAGGGACAGAAGGAACCUGGUGUGAGAAAGGAGUCAAGCUGUGCCAGGAGAAAGCUGGGUGCCCUUCAGUCGGCCCCACCCAUCUCUGGCCUCAGUUUCCCCACUUAUAAAAUGGAGCUGCUGAGCUACCUGAUCUCCCAGAGCCCUGCCGGACCUGAUGUUCUGGAUUGGGAGGAGCACAGGGGGCCCUGAGGUCCGUGACUGGCUCAGUGGGGCCAGACCUCACCACCUCUCUAGGGGCCCCUGUCUAGAGAUUAGGACAACGUGGCUGACCCCUCGAAUGGGAGGCUGAGCUCGAUACCGUGUCUCCUCCAGGCGCUCGAGACACCUGCCCCGGCCCCACCAUGCUCGUGGCAUCCACCACUUCUGCUGUGCCCUGGACCCUCUCUCCACCUGUUCUGCCUGGCAACAGCAGCAAGGAGCUGCUGGACACCCGGAACCCGCUGCUCGUCCAGGCGGAGCUAGCCCUGCUCUCCACAGUCUUUGUGGCCGUGGCCCUGAGCAAUGGCUUGGUGCUGGGGGUCCUAGCGCGCCGGGGCCGGCGGGGUCGCUGGGCGCCCAUGCACGUCUUCAUUGGUCACUUGUGCCUGGCCGACCUGGCCGUGGCUCUGUUCCAAGUACUGCCCCAGCUGGCGUGGGAUGCCACGGACCGCUUCCGUGGGCCUGAUGCCCUGUGCCGGGCAGUCAAGUACCUGCAGAUGGUGGGCAUGUAUGCCUCCUCCUACAUGAUCCUGGCCAUGACGCUGGACCGCCACCGCGCCAUCUGCCACCCCAUGCUGGCGUACCGCCACGGAGGUGGAGCUCACUGGAACCGGCCGGUGCUGGUGGCCUGGGCCUUCUCGCUCAUUUUCAGCCUGCCCCAGCUUUUCAUCUUUGCCCAGCGUGACGUGGGAAAUGGCAGUGGGGUCCUUGACUGCUGGGCCCACUUUGCUGAGCCCUGGGGCCUCCGAGCCUACGUCACCUGGAUCGCCCUAAUGGUGUUUGUGGCACCUGCCCUGGGCAUCGCUGCCUGCCAGGUGCUCAUCUUCCGAGAGAUUCAUGCCAGCCUGGUGCUGGGGCCAGCAGAGAGGGCUGGGGGUGGCCGGGGAGGGCACCGGACCGGCAGCCCCAGUGAGGGGGCCCGGGUGUCAGCAGCCAUGGCCAAGACCGUGAGGAUGACGCUGGUGAUUGUGAUUGUCUACGUGUUGUGCUGGGCGCCUUUCUUCCUCGUACAGCUGUGGGCAGCGUGGGACCCGAAGGCGCCCCUGGAAGUGAGCCGAUGGGGUCACUGCACCUCUGCAUGGGCAACCUCAGUCCCAGCCCGGGCUCUUCCACCCCCACAGAGGCCCCCUUCGUGCUGCUUAUGUUGCUGGCCAGCCUCAACAGCUGUACCAACCCCUGGAUCUACGCCUUCUUCAGCAGCAGUGUGUCCUCCGAGCUGCGCAGCCUGCUCUGCUGCGCCCAGAGUCGGGCCCCACCCAGCCUGGGGCCCCAGGAGGAGUCCUGCGCCACUGCCAGCUCCUUCCUGGCCAAGGACACUUCCUCCUGAGAGGCUUCUAGAGGCUCUGUGAAAGCCCGCUGCCUGCCUCGGGCUGGCCCUGGGAGCUCCGGGGAGGAGGGGGCUCUCGGGGAACUGGCUCCGGGGCGUGGGGCGGGGCUGGGGCCGUGGCCGUGGGCUUCCACCCCAGCCAGUGCCCGCCCCUGAGACAGAGGUCCCAGGGAGCCCGGCAGGAAGGAAAGGGGGUGGAGCCAGAGGACCUUCCUUCCCCCCCUACCCCCCCCAGCCCCCCCGCCCCCGCCUCUCUAGUCCCCUCUCACUCUCUCCCUAAUAAAGGUUCCAGCUCAUUUCCCA